AUCUUUCAGUGUAGUUUCGUAUAUCUCUUCUCCUCCUCUUCUUUUUUCAUCAAUAAUUUCAUAUGUCAAAUGAAAAGAAAAAUCCAUACAAAUAUGAUCCUUCUAAUUAUUAUUCCUACCAACAAGGAGGAUUAAAUUCUUCAUUAUUUAAUGAUCAUAAUCAGCAAAUAGUACAAGCUUCUGAUGAUUCAAUUCCGUAUAUGAGCUUCAGUGACUAUUUCCAUGGCUCUAUGGAUUAUAAUACAUUAUCAAGAGCUUUUGAUAUGUCUUGUUCCUCAUCAUCUGAGGUAAUGAUCAAUCCCACGGAUGAUAAUCCAAACAAAAUUGGUGUUUCUGGAGAAUCAUCAACCACCAUUGAAAACGCUUCGACGUCGAUAUCUUCUUGUUCUAAUGAUGCAGCAGCUGAACAAGAUUCAGACAAGAUCAUGAAAGAAAAUAAAAACCAGAAGCUAAAAGAACAUGAUGAAGAAAAUUCUGAUGAUAAGAAAGUGAGCAAGCAGAAAAAGGAGAAAAAACAAAGAGAGGCGCAGUUUGCAUUCUUGACAAAGAGUGAGAUUGAUAAUCUUGAAGAUGGAUAUAGAUGGAGAAAAUAUGGACAAAAGGCAGUCAAGAAUAGCCCUCAUCCAAGAAGUUAUUACAGAUGCACCACCCAAAAUUGCACAGUCAAGAAACGAGUAGAGAGAUCAUUCCAGGACCAUUCAAUUGUUGUCACCACCUACGAAGGAAAACACAACCACCAAUGCCCCUCCUCACUUCGAAGAAAUGCUGCCGGAAUAAUGCUGUCACCUUCGUAUCUUGCAUCGACACCAAUGGCAUUUGCAGCCGAUCCGGCCACCAUUUCUCAGGAGCUCCUCAUUCGACUGCUUCCUCCAAUUAAUGAAGGUGACGAUUUUGUCCAUGUUCCUCGCGAUUAUGGCCUAUUGCAGGAUUUGGUUGCCUCCUUCCACCAUAAAGAACAGCCAUUAAUUCUUCAUUAGGUAUUUUCUAAGUGAGCUAUAUUUCAGUGUUUAUUUCUAAAUAUUUUCUAUAUAUGUUGGUCUAAGCUGUAACAUCACACAUUUGAAAUAUGUGAGUGAUUUGUAUUGUUUAUAAAUUAUAAUGAUAUUGCUAUAUAUAGCUAUCAAAUUAACUUGGAUUAAUUAACAA